AUGGCGAAUCCCGCGUUUCAGGGAGGUCCCUUGCCCCACGAGCUAGACGUGCGGGGAAUGCUGCAGCUGGCGAGGCAGAGGGUGGACGAGGGGCAACCCUCCGCGGCCCUGCAACUGGUGAGCAUUUUGUGCCCUGCAGGGAACCAUCACAGCUCCCCCCGCCCCUCUCCCCUCGCCCCACGGGAUGGACGUGCGGGAAUGCUGCAGCUGGCUCGACAGAGGGUGGACGAGGGACAACCGACCGCUGCCCUGCAACUGAUCAUAGCAGUGUUGAGAGCGCAGGGCGGGGAGGCAGCAGUGCUGACGGCACUAACUCAAGCCCGAGCCAUGCACCACAACCAGCAGCAGAUGCAGCAGCUACAGCAGGGAGCUGAUGACAUCACCGCCUUGCUGGCACGCUGCGCCAUCGGCAGCGCUGACGUGGCAGUGCCAGCUGGCACCGGGCAGAUGGCGGCGGGGGGGAGUGCGAUGGCAUGGGGAGGCGGAGACGUGGGUAUAGGAGGGAGCGGCAUGGGGAGCAACAGCAUAGGAGAGCAACGUGGGGAAGGAGCAAUGAACGGGGGAAUGGAAGGAGUAGACGGAUAUGCCUUCCAUUCUGGGUAUGGAUCAACACAGUCAGCAAGGUAUGGAAUGCAAGCAACAGCAGCAGGCUAUGGGAUGGAUCAAGCAGGGAGGCAAGGGAUAGACCCAGCAGCAUAUGGGAUGGAGUCAGCAGGGAGGCAUGGGGUGGAUGGAGAGGCGAUACUGGCGGAGCAGGGGCGCAUGCAGGUGGUGACGGAUGCAGCAGCGGACGGCAGCAGUGUGACGUGCAGCAUUUGCCGGGGGGUGAUAAGUGGGGCACGGUGGAAGGAGCACGUGCAGUUCUGGUGCAGAGCCGCUGUGCACGACCCCCAGGGCAUGGUGGAAGGAGAGGAGCACGUGCAGUUCUGGUGCCGGGCUGCUGUGCUGUGCACGAUCCUACGGGUGCGAUCCUAUGGGUGCGAUCCUAUGGUAGUCUUUCUCCUCGACUUCACUCGUUUGGAGUGCGAGGCAGGCAUUAAGGGGCAUGUGUUAGAGCAUAUGGAAUGGCUGCCUGUGCCGGGGGGUGGUCAGUGGGGCGCGGUGGAAGGAGCACGUGCAGUAGCCGCUGUGCACGACCCCUUGGAGGAUAGUACCAGCCUUUCGCCGUGA